AAACACACACACAUUUUGACAGAACGUACGUGCAUUUUAUAACGGCACCAAAAAAAGCAUCUGGUUGGGAAAAAAGAAUAGAAAUAUCGCGAAAUUAUUGUUAAUUAUCUUUUCAGCAAAAAAUCGUAAUAAUUUAUUUAUUUAAUACCAUCUCCAAUAAAUUGCAUACGCUAAGAAAAUGAGUGAGGAAUUUAAGUUGCCCAAACGUUCACGCAAACGUACACGUGAAGUAAAACGUAAAGCUAGACCUGAAUUAGACAAAGAAGGUUGGACGGCCUUACGCUAUGCCGAACGCUUUGAACCCUUCUGUCAGGUCAAAGACAAUGUUGAACGUAUUAGAGAACAUGAGGUUAGCUGUAAAGAAUUUAUUAAACGAUUUGAGGAGCCCUACUUGCCGGUGGUGAUUGAGGGAUGCCAGCAAGGAUGGCAAGCUCUGGAAAAGUGGACUCUACCACGUUUGGUAAAAAAAUAUCGCAAUCAAAAAUUCAAAUGCGGUGAAGAUAAUGAGGGCUAUAGUGUUAAAAUGAAAAUGAAGUAUUAUAUAGAGUAUAUGAAGACUACAAAGGAUGACAGUCCCCUGUAUAUAUUUGACAGUAGCUUUGGCGAACAUCAUCGCCGGCGUAAAUUGUUGGAGGACUAUGUGGUGCCACAAUAUUUUCGCGAUGAUUUGUUCAAGUAUUGUGGCGAAGAACGACGCCCACCAUACCGUUGGUUCGUAAUGGGUCCCGCCAGAUCGGGUACUGGUAUACAUAUUGAUCCUUUGGGUACCAGUGCUUGGAACGCAUUAAUCAGCGGCCACAAACGUUGGUGCCUAUUUCCUACCCAAACACCAAAAGAAUUGCUGAAGGUGCCCUCCAAUUUGGGAGGCAAACAAAGAGAUGAAGCUAUUACCUGGUUUAGUACCGUCUAUCCUCGUACUAAGCAAUUGGAUUGGCCUAAGGAAUAUGCCCCUCUGGAGAUUCUACAAAAGCCGGGAGAAACUGUCUUCGUACCCGGAGGCUGGUGGCAUGUUGUCUUGAAUUUGGAUGAUACUAUAGCAAUUACGCAAAACUUUUGCAGUCGCACCAAUUUUCCCAUUGUAUGGCACAAAACUGUAAGAGGUCGUCCCAAGUUGUCCCGUAAAUGGUUGCGCGUAUUACGCGAAAAAGAACCUGAAUUGGCGAAAGUUGCCGAAAGUAUUAAUAUCGAUCAAAGUACGGGCUUUGCCUCCGAUAGUUCCAGCAAUUCUAGCUCAUCUUCAUCGAGCUCCUCAUCAUCGGGCAGCGACACUGAAAACGAGGGAAAUAAGAGCGAUGACGAUUCCUGUUCCUCGAAUACCGACAGUGGCCAAGAGAGUUUAACUGCCAAAAAGAAAAAGAAGCGACGUAUGGGUGGCCAUAUGUCAUCAAACUCAUGAUGGCCGCCACAUUGGUGGCGAUGUAGUAGAGGCAAACAAUCGGACGAUCAUUCAAAUACUUCUUCUAAUCAAGAUAAUCAACAACUAACUGAAAUCGUACAAGUUGGAGAGGAGCUGGAGCCAGAAACGAGUAAUAACUCUGUGGUUAAAUAUCUCAAUUGGCGUCUACUACAUUUAGGUCUUAUAGAAAAUAGUUAACAUUUUAUUUUUAAUCUACAACUAUAACAUAAAC